CCCGGCUCUGCCCAAUGAGGGUUUUUGGAGUGUGCACAGCGCCUUAUGUGCAUUGGCAAAUCCACUCGCCCGUGCCGGGAACGCCGGGUUGCGAACGCGCCGACCACUUAUAAAGUUACACAGUUACAAAGUUACACAGUUACAAAGUUACACAGUUACAAAGUUACACAGUUACAAAGUUACACGUCGCUUUUGACGCUUCACGAGUCGAACGCCGCCUUCGCCAUCGCCAUCAUCAUCGUCAGCGUCGUCGUCUUUCUGCGUAAAAGUCGUUGUAGGAGUUAAAUCGACGAGCCGGUAGUUGGUUUGUGUGGGUGUGUGCGACUUUUUACAACAUGCCUUUUGACGUACGAAGGUUGGACAUUUACCGUAAGGUUCCAAAGGAUCUGACUCAGCCAACCUACACAGGGGCACUGGUGUCCAUUUGCUGCUGCGUGUUCAUUCUCUUCCUCUUCCUCUCCGAACUCUCGGGGUUCAUCACCACUGAAAUCGUUAGUGAGCUCUACGUGGAUAACCCGGAAAAAGACAGCACGGGAAAAAUAGAAGUUAAGCUGAACAUCAGCCUCCUGAAUUUACAAUGCGAUGUGGUGGGUUUGGACAUCCAGGAUGAGAUGGGGCGGCACGAGGUGGGGUUCAUCGAGAACUCAAUAAAAAUCCCACUCAACGAGGGCAGCGGCUGCCGGUUUGAAGGAGUUUUCCUCAUUAACAAGGUCCCGGGCAAUUUCCACGUGUCGACGCACAGCGCGCUCAUGCAGCCAGAGAAGCCGGACAUGACGCACACGAUCCACAAGCUCACCUUCGGAGAGAAGAUUUAUGGAGCAAACAUUCAGGGUGCAUUCAACGCUUUAAAGAACACCGAUCGCAUCGAAUCAAACCCCCUCUCCUCCUACGAUUACAUCAUCAAGAUUGUGCCGACGGUCUAUGAAGACGUUAAAGGACACCAACAACUCUCUUACCAGUACACCGCAGGGUUCAAGGAGUACAUGGCAUACAGCCACACGGGGCGCAUCAUCCCGGCCAUCUGGUUCCGCUACGACCUGAGCCCCAUCACUGUGAAGCACGUGGAGAGGAGGCAGCCCGUGUACCGCUUCAUCACCACGAUAUGCGCCAUCGUGGGAGGUACCUUCACCGUGGCCGGGAUAAUCGAUUCGGUCAUCUUCACCGCCUCCGAGGCCUGGAGGAAAGUGCAGCUUGGCAAGAUUCAGUGAACGUCGCCAAGCUCCGACGUGGUCCGGCCCUCCUGAUGAACGCCCCUCGGACUCGUUGUUGGACUUUUAUUUAAUUAUUAAUUUGCUGGGAAGGUGGAGGGAAGUGAAAUUCUGGGGUUUACUGGGUGGAGGGUAAGCGGCAAAAAAGCAUUUCUGUAUAAAUCCCCCUGCGAUGGUAGGAGUAAAAGGCUUAAUUUCAAUUGGCACCGUGGCCUCAAAUGCACGCUGUCACACUGCAAACUUUUAAAAAAAUAUUUAGUUUUGGAACAAUUUUAAAAACACUGCUCUGUUUUAACGUAAAGUUAUUCAUCUAAAUGGGUGGAAUACAGAUACUGAACAUUAUUUAAAUGCACUUGUUUUCAGGCCAAAGGAAUGUUGGCACAUUCCCCAGCGAAUGUUAUCAGUUUACUAAAAUAGGAAUUGGGAAGCACUCGCGCUUGAGUAUUGCAUUUUGUAAAUAAUAGAUUAACUAAAAUAUCAUUGGUUGCAAGCCAUUUGGCUAUUCCAAAAUUAUCUUGUUUAGAGAAGUUGGUGACUAUAUGUAGAGAAGUUGCCUUCUGUUGCGUCCACAUCGCUUCAUUUGUUUUGCAGGUUGUGCCGGGGUUUUCUCUUCUUGCAUUUAGCCCGGUUUUAAAAACGUUGUGUGCAGAUUUAAACAGUCAUUUUAGGUGGACACAUUUUAAUGGCCUCUUUUCAUUCAAAUUUUAGCCCAAGUCAGGAUGUUGGCCUGGCUAAAAAGAUAGCGUGUCUACGGCAAUAUUCUUUUCCAUGUUCAUUCACCAAAGGGAGGUAUUUAUUUGGGAGGUGGAAGAAUCUAACAGGUCACCCGUUGAAAAGUCCUGCUUUUGGAUGCAUGCCAUAUUUUUCGAUUCGAAUAGGCCAGCACGGAUGGGGGCAUUUCUUCAAAACCCAACCGGACAGUUGGCUUAGCGGCAGAGCGAGCAGUUCGCAAUCAAAAUUUUACGAGUUCAUAUCGUGCUUCGGAGUUGACUCAGCCCAUCAUCCCUCCGGGGUUGUUGAAGUAAGUUACCCACUUGGUGAGGGAAGCCAACAGCGGUUGUCUUAUGGACAGACACAUCCCCGCCAUAGGAUAGUGUGGAAUGCCCACCACCGGCUCAGCUGUCAACAGGAAAUGACGCGUGUGAAUCCCCCGCAAGAUGCGGUGCUUUCAAUUUACCCGAAUGCUUGUUUGGCGAAUGACGAAUGAUAAACACGUGUGUCGUCACGACGCAUUAAGUAGCAACAGUUCGGUGGCAAGUGACAGACGUGUGCAUCGCAACAACAUUGCUUUGGUAAAUUCUUCACCUUCCUCGGGGUGAUAUCAUUUGUCACCUUGACCUUCUGAGCAUCUUUCAAAUUGUCCGCUUUGCCGUUCGUAGGCUGAUUUGAAUAGGAAGAUCGGAUUAUUUAAUGGCUACUUCCGCCUCUCAUGUUAGGUGAAAGGGAAAUUCUCAUUUAUGUAGAGAAAUUCAACUUCUGUUGUGGCAAUCACUCUUUAAUUUUACUGGCACUACUCUGCUCAAGUACAGAGAGUCUUUAUUCUAAGUGAUGUGUCAUUUCUCGGGGAUGCAGUUUCUACUGAUAUCAACCGGCCAUGAAUGUCAGAUAUAUGUAUUUUAAAUAUGCAAUAGUUAAACACUAAAGCUGGCACCAUUCAGAUCCUCGGUUACAAUCCAGGCUGCUGCCUGCGAUUGAACCUCAUGUGUAGUGAGUUGAUGGUCCGGUCACCAAUAACUGCACAAGCAAUCUUCUUGGUUCUUUCGGUAAAGUCACGUAGAAGGGAAAUAAUAAAAUAAUACAAA